GCAUCUGCCGCUGUCUGUACAGCUUGAGAGCAAAAUUGAAAGCAAAAAGCCCUGGGGGAGACCUGCGUGCAGGCUGCACAUCUGGGCCAGUCAGCGAAGCUCUGGCUUUGCAGUGGCCAAUAACAAGGGUGCUGGUGAAAUCUGACUCUCUCCUUCUGGGCCGGAAAAUCUCCCAGUCGCAGCCAAUCGAGGUGCCGCUGGCAGCAGCUGGGGGAAGAGCUGCUGCGCCGGGGAAAGGUGGGGAAUCGCCGCGCAAUGGAGACCCAGAAGAAGGGGGCGGCUGCAGCUGUGCCCGGGGGCGAUUGCUAGAUUACUCUCUCUGAUGGAGCAAUGCCAUCAGUUGGGAUGAAGCCGGCCAGUGCAUCAUGCCAUCAUGUGUUCCCAGCGGACCUACCACCAAGAGACCCUUUUGUUACGAUGAACCACGCAGCGAGUGCAGGAAGGCACCUGACUAUCUGUGUAGCUUGUUGUCAUUGACCAUUGAGUACUUGGGCAUGGAGUCUGUUGUUGUGGUGACAGAGUAUGAUUCGACUGGUGCCUCAGUUACAUCUCCACAUUCUUCUCCUCGAUUGCCCCGGAGGCCAACAGUGGAGUCAAAUAAAGUUUCUAUUACAGGUUUUCAGGACUGUGUGCAGCUUAAUCAAUAUAAAUUGAAAGAUGAAAUCGGAAAGGGCUCAUAUGGGGUUGUGAAGCUCGCCUACAAUGAAGAUGACAACACCUACUAUGCAAUGAAAGUUCUUUCUAAAAAGAAGCUCAUGAGACAAGCAGGGUUUCCACGCCGCCCACCUCCUCGAGGUGCCAAAGCCACAUCCGAAGGCUGUCUGGAACCAAAAGGGCCUAUUGAACAGGUGUACCAAGAGAUCGCCAUCUUGAAAAAGCUGGACCAUCCUAAUGUAGUGAAACUGGUGGAGGUGCUGGAUGACCCCAGCGAGGACCAUCUGUACAUGGUGUUUGAACUGGUAAAACAAGGGCCUGUGAUGGAAGUCCCUGCCAUUAAACCUCUCACUGAAGAUCAGGCACGGUUCUACUUUCAGGAUCUGAUCAAAGGCAUCGAAUACUUGCACUAUCAAAAGAUAAUCCACCGGGAUAUUAAACCUUCCAACCUUCUAGUUGGGGAAGAUGGUCACAUCAAAAUCGCUGACUUUGGAGUGAGUGAUGAGUUCAAAGGAACUGAUGCCCUCCUGACCAACACUGUGGGCACGCCUGCAUUCAUGGCACCGGAAACCCUCUCAGAAACAAGAAGAAUCUUUUCUGGCAAGGCUUUGGAUGUAUGGGCCAUGGGAAUCACACUCUUCUGUUUUGUGUUUGGACAGUGCCCUUUUAUGGAUGAGAGGAUUCUAAGUUUACAUAGUAAAAUCAAGACCCAACCCCUGGAAUUCCCAGAUCAGCCAGACAUUACCGAGGAUUUCAAGGAUCUGAUCAUGCGGAUGCUGGAUAAAAACCCUGAAUCCAGGAUUUCAGUCCCGGAAAUCAAGUUGCACCCGUGGGUCACUAAGAAUGGAGUGGAGCCGCUGCCAACGGAGGAUGAGAACUGCACGCUCAUCGAGGUGACCGAAGAAGAAGUAGAGAACUCGAUCAAACACAUCCCGAGCCUGGCCACAGUGAUCUUGGUUAAAACGAUGAUCAGGAAACGAUCUUUUGGGAAUCCAUUUGAGGGGAGCAGGAGAGAAGAACGAUCGCUGUGUGCUGCAGGGAACCUACUGACUCAAAGCUGCUCCUGGAAAACCUACACAACUAAGAGAGUGCAAGCUGGAUUCUAGUCCAUGUUGGUUCCUUUCAGCUCAUUACUGGGGAGGUGGGGAAAGGGCCUCGGACUCUGUGGUCAUCUUACCUGAUUUGUGCUCAUUCUCACUUCACUUUCCCACUCCCCACAAUUCUAGAAAAAACGAAUUGGUAAAUGUGAAAUAUUACAUCAGUCAGACUUACCCGGCAGUGCCUUCUGCCUGUCAUUCAUGUAUGCAACGUAUACUCCGUGGAGCUCUGGGACAUUCACAGAUAAUGUGUCAUGCAACUCAAGAGAAGUGUUUAUCUCUUUGGGUUGUGUUUUCCCCCCCAAAAUUGUCUAGAGAUAUAGGUAUAAGGAGAGGGAGCACAAUUUGGGGACACAUUUACACCAGGAAGCAGUGGCUAUCGUAUGAAGGUUUCAGAAUUGAGGGCUGUCCAUUCACCAGAGUGCGUGAGCCCAGUAACUGAUUGCCAUUGUUUCAACCAGUGAAGCCUAUAAGCCGUAGGAAAAUUACAUUUAAAAUAGCUCCAUUAAUGCUUUAAAGGACUAUCCUUUCUCAGAAAGUGGAUCACGCAUUACUAGUAAAUAACUGGUAAAUAACAAAAGCUCUUCUGGCUGCAUGCAGUGGAUGAUAGACAUGCAUGAAUUGUUCUUCUGAUAACAGGAAUGGGCUUGUAUGGAUUUCCUUGCUAAAAUGGAGGACACAGAACUAAAUUUUGCCAGUAAACUAAUCUGGCCAGUUAAAGGUGCAUUGUUUUUCUUUCUGUUUGCAUUGCAGCUGUGAAACGUUAGUAAGUUACCUUUAGAAUAAAGGUUUCACUUUAAUAAACUGAUCCGUUGUGUUGGGAUCUCCUUUGUACUAAAUACAAAUUAAUGAAAACGAACGUUGGACUUCUUGUUUGCCAUCACCUUUUCCCCCUCAUCUGAAGCGGAUUUUUUCCCUUGGACUCAUUCCAUUGAUGAUAAGAUCCCAAGGGCUUAUGUGUGGGCCAGCACUGAAGUCAACAGCAAAAACACUCACUGACUUCGGUGGAGCUGGGAUUUCACCCCAAGUGUCUGUGGGCUCCUGAGCUGAAAUGGGGCUUCCUAAGGGCCAUGCUGAGAUUGUAGACGCUUACUGUGAAGUUCCCAUUUCCUAACCAGCCUAUAGUUUGCCUGGCUCCACUGGUUCCACUGGAUGAGGGCUUGGUGCCCUGCCUGCUAAUGCUUAGACUGGGCUGCAUCUGCAUGGGAGUUCGUGACAACAUCUCUUAAGCAGAAAGCUCCUGUCUGGGUCAGUUCUGUGUAUAUUCAGCACCUAACUGCCUGGUGCAGAAAAUCGAUUUUAAUUUGAACUAGAGCCCUUGUCUAUGAACCCAAAAGACUGCUAAUGCCUGUGAUUUUGGUGUGUUGCAUUUGUGAUUCAGGCUGUAUACGGCAUUUUCCAUCUGGAUGAACUGGAAGAUCAAUCUAGUGAUAUCAUCACAGACUUAAUAAAGAGAGAUCAUAUUAAUUGUCAAUUUCAAGUCACUGAAUCCUGAGUUUAAGGUUGCACUACGAAGAACACGUUAUUAGAUUCUGCUGCUCUACCAGUGUCUAACAAACGUAGAGCUGCAGUUCCUUGAGACACUUGUAUCCCAUUUUAAUUUCCCAAAGUAGCCUGGGCAUUUGCUUGGUUUUUCUACAGAGAAUCUUAAAACAGAUGCACCAUGGGGGAUUGAGCUUUCUGAAUGGAAGGGUUGACAAACCACUGAAUGUACUGUUGCUGGACACUGACUUCCACCAUUCAUGCUCCUCUCUCUAUCAGUAUCUAAAGGGCAUGGUAAUUUACUUAAAUUUUCCCCAAAGACCCUGUAUUACACUGAUUACAGGAGGCUCAGCUGACAAUGUGUGUGUGUGAUUUGAAUCUUUUCCACAGCCAAUGCGUGAUUCCUUUCUAGGCAUGCCUGGAACUUAAGCAAGUAAAUCCCCCAAUUAUCUAUCGGGGAGUAGAUUUAGAUAAGUUCUUGUCCUGAGAUGUGUUCAAUCGGUAAAAUUCACCCUGUGCAGAGGGACAGAACAAGGCCUGUGCACCAGCCAACUGCAUCCUAUUUUGAGAGAUUAAGUAGGAUUUAAGUUGUAUCUGGACCUCAGGCUGGCCUGCAGAGGGGUGAAUUUCAGCUUAUGCAUAUGACUCUUGUUGACUUCAGAUGGAGUUGUGCAUGGAAGAUAUCUUCCCGUAAUGUAUGUUGUUAACUAUGAGAUAAAAUAAUGUAUCUGUGUUUUCUGAGUCUUUUUCUCAUAUUCUGAAUUGUAGCUGACAGUGUGACAUUCAAAUCCUAUUCAUAUCGGUGAUUUAUUUGAUUGUUCUACAACAGAGCCGUAAUAUUUUACAUGCUGUGGUUAGCGAGCUCUUGUCUCUUCCAUCACUGAUCAACUACAAUAGCAGUUGCCAAACACAGUAGAUGAAAGUAACUUGCUUUAUUUUUGCCAAACACCCCCCACAAACACUGGUAAGAUCAGUCAUGUGACGUGAAGUAAGUGCCUGAGGGCUAGACAAAGGUGAUCUGUUCUCUUUUACCAUAUAUGUAUUUUAUCAUUUGAUUUUAUGUGGCCCAGAAUCUUCCCAUAUUUCUUUAAUCUCCCCCCAGCCUCCACUAUCCUGCAGCCUUUCAUGUGAGACUGCUUCCAUGUGUGUUACGGUCUAAUCUUUGAUAGCUAGUACUGCUGCUUUCGAGUGGUUUGGGAUAUUGUUACAGCCAUUAGAAUGCUAGUUCUUACCCAGUCUGCUCUGUCUUUACCUAUUUAGGUUUGUUGUGCUUACAAAAAAAACCAUGAUUUUGUGAUUGGCAGUGUGGAAAUUGUUUACUAGAUAUGUUGAGACCAUAAACAGGUUUUUUUUUCCCCUCCUCAUAUAAA